CAUCCGAACCCUUUAUAGAUCGUCACGUCCUAGUCAAAAUCUUCACUUGUGCCAUUAUUAUAUAGUAUCUCAAUUCUCAAUCAAGUAGUAGUUCCCAUUUUUGUCUUCGUUUCUGUUUUAACUAUUAUUAUCUUGAUCUUCUACUACUUUUUGCUUUCUGGGUGUUGGCCAUGAAUGCUCUUGCAGCCACCAACCGUAACUUUCGCCAGGCCGCUCGCAUCCUUGGAUUGGACUCCAAACUUGAGAAGAGUCUUUUAAUCCCUUUCAGAGAAAUUAAGGUGGAAUGCACAAUUCCCAAGGAUGAUGGAACAUUGGUGUCCUAUGUUGGGUUCAGAGUGCAACAUGAUAAUGCUCGGGGUCCUAUGAAAGGGGGAAUCAGAUACCAUCCUGAGGUUGACCUUGACGAAGUAAAUGCCCUUGCUCAAUUAAUGACUUGGAAGACUGCUGUAGUAGAUAUUCCAUAUGGCGGAGCUAAGGGUGGAAUUGGCUGCAAACCAAAAGAUCUAAGCAAGAGUGAGUUGGAGCGCCUUACGCGUGUUUUCACCCAGAAAAUUCAUGAUCUAAUUGGAAUUAAUACGGAUGUCCCUGCACCUGAUAUGGGCACUAAUGCCCAGACUAUGGCCUGGAUUUUGGAUGAGUAUUCAAAGUUUCAUGGUCACUCACCUGCAAUUGUGACUGGAAAACCGAUAGAUCUUGGCGGUUCAUUGGGUAGGGAAGCUGCAACUGGGCGUGGUGUCGUUUAUGCUACAGAAGCUUUACUUGCUGAAUAUGGAAAGAAUAUUAAGGAUUUGACUUUUGCAAUUCAGGGUUUUGGAAACGUGGGAGCAUGG